AUGGGUCAGAUACUUUCAAAUCCUGUGAUAGAUAAAGAACAUCAUUCCGGUGCUGAUACUUUAUCUGCAUUUGGGUUAUGUGCUAUGCAAGGUUGGAGAAUGUCUAUGGAGGAUUCUCAUAUCGUAGAAUUAAAUACAUUGUCAGAAGAUGAUACAAGAGACCAUAUUGCAUUAUAUAGUAUCUUUGACGGCCAUGGUGGCUCUGCUGUUGCACAAUUUGCUGGUAAUAAAAUGACACAAAUCUUUCAAAGCCAAAAAAGUUUUAAAGAAAAUAAAUUAAGUCAAUUAUUUAUCGAUACUUAUCUUGAAACUGAUCAAGCUAUAUUAAAGGAUCCUGUUUUACAAAAUGACCAUAGUGGUUGUACUGCAACUUCUUUAUUAAUCUCAAAAAAACAAAAUAAAAUUGUUUGUGGUAAUUCUGGUGAUUCUCGUACUGUGUUAUCCACUUCAGGUAAUGCUAAAGCUUUAUCAUAUGAUCACAAACCUACUUUAAUCUCUGAAAGAUCUCGUAUUUAUGCCGCUGAUGGUUUUGUUGAAAUGGAUCGUGUCAAUGGGAAUUUAGCAUUAUCUCGUGCUAUUGGUGAUUUUGAAUUUAAAAAAAAUGAUAAAUUAGGCCCUCAUGAACAAGUUGUCACUUGUGUUCCUGAUAUAUUUGAACAUCAAUUGAAUUAUGAGAAUGAUGAAUUUGUCAUUUUAGCUUGUGAUGGUAUUUGGGAUUGUCUUUCUUCUCAAGAAUGUGUAGAUUUAGUACUUCAUGGGAUUAACCUUGGUGAUAUGUCAUUAAAUGAUAUUGCAUCAAGAAUCGUCGAUGUUUGUUGUUCUCCAACUACUGAAGGGACAGGGAUUGGUUGCGAUAACAUGAGUAUUACAAUUGUUGCAUUAUUAAAGAAUGAAGAAACCGUUGAACAAUGGUUUGAUAGAAUAAGAGCAAAGAAUCAUACUAGACCAAUCUCUUUUGCUUUAAAGAGAAAAGUCAUAUAUAGUUAUUUUGAAUUCCCAGAAGAUGAAACUCAUAUAUUUGAUACCACUACAAAGAAACCACAAGAACGUUUCAAUAGAGGUAAUAAUCAAAAUGAUAUUGAUAACGAGAAUGCAAUGGAAGUUGAUGACACUGAUGCAGAUGAAGAAAAUAACGGUAGAGCUGUUGGCGCUGCUGGAGGUCCAUCGUUGAAUGGAUUCCCUUUGGAAGCCCUAUUAGGUAGUGGGAUCACCAUAUCUCAAGGCCCAGAUAAUACCCCAUACUUGAGUGGGAAUCUAAGUGAUAUGUUAGCAUCGUUCAGAAACCAUUACGCCACUGGUUCUACUGCAACAUCAUCAAUUGAAAAUGAGGAAGAAGAAGAAGAAGAUAACAAUAAUAAUGAUGAUGAAGAUGUGCCAAUGAAUGCAAAUGAUAAUGUUGAUGAUGAACCAUCUACUUCAAAAUGA